CAAUAAUAUUGCAUGCGCCCAAUUUAGUUCUUCCGAUCAAGCCAGCAGGAACAGCGAGCCUACUUAGGUCCAAAAUACAGAUAAAAAAUGCGUCACCAUUAUAUGAUGAGUAUACUACUUGUGUUUGGUGUGAUCACCACUACUUAUGGAGGCUUUCAGACAGACAUUGAUUAUUACCAGGUGCUCCACGUUAGACGUACGGCCAAGGUGUCCACGAUCAGGACAGCAUACCGAAAAUUGGCUUUGAGACUACAUCCGGAUACCAGUGGGUGCGAUACCACAAAACAAUUCCAAAUUCUUGGGGAGGCGAAAAAUGUUUUAACGAAUAAAAAGGAGAGGGUCCUGUUCAACAUGUUAUACCCCGGGGCUGGCCAAUGGACAGAACCAUAUAACUGGGACCUGACAGACUGUGAAAUGAAAAAUGCAUCCGUUAAACAGAAAGUUCAUCGGAAAGUCAAAGAUGGAUUACAAGUGUUAGUGAAAUCGCUGAGAGGUUGGUCGCUAACUCAAGUGCCAAAUAUUACGUCAUUUGUAGAUCUGUAUUACAACAUUUUGACGGACUACUUCAUCCUGGGUGUGUUCCUCGUUUCCUCGGCAACCCUUUGGUGCAGGGACCUGGUUGGUCAAUAUAUAUCGUCUGUAAGUGUCACUUUCUACAGUCUCCACAUUCUGACACUUGCCUUUGGGAGCAGACAUUUAUUUAUUAUGGAAAAUAUCCAACAACUACUGUUCCAGUUAUUUAGAGGGCCGUCACUGAAGACAACUGUUCUGGAGAACAGCUAUAUUCUACAUUAUUACGUCUAUGUUGUGGUGUCCGGGGCGGCUGUUGCUGCUAUAUUUAACCAAAUCCGCUCCCGUCACGUGACCAGGAUAAAGAACGUCCUGUGGGCUGUGAUUACAAUCUCUGGCUGUUUGACUAUUCUCGGAAGCCUACUCGACUCAGAAUUAAACUUAGACUUUGACGUAUCGUCCCUAGCUACCUCCGGUUAUACCCUUAUAUUAUGUGGGGUUAUAUAUUAUAUUUUAAACAGGUAAAAAAACGCAUGAAAUGCCAUUAGCGUGUAUUUUAUUGUUUCUUAACCAGGAAGUGAGGCCGGGAGUGAUCAUAGAACAAAACAUUCAUGUUGAAAUAAAAGAACAAUUUUGCAAUAAUAUGACGUUCAGUUUUCAAUUAUAUAUGAUCUUCAAAGAACCACGUGUUCUUGCGAGUAAGUGCAGUACUGAAGUGAAAGUUUACGACGUUAUAGUACUUGUCCGAGCUACGUAUUGAAUAGAAUACUAUGUGACGUGUGGAUUAAUGUCAGAGUAGACUUAGAGCGAUGUGUGACAAAUCUUUAACAUGAAAGUAGAAACCAAUGCAAUGUUUGAUUCGUGUGACAAACAUUCAAGAGAAGUAGUUUAAUAUUACGUGUGACAUGUAAAACUUAAACAUACAAAAGGUUCUAUAGCAAUUAAGGCCGACUACACAAACAAAAGUUCUUGAUGUCAAUUUAACAUAUAAUAUUUUAACAUGACAUUCACCACAUUCUCAUGUCAAAUUCAGGUUAAAUUCAGUCUGAUUUCCCCCCCAGCUCAAUUAAGCGCCAUAUCAGGUCAAAUUGACGUCAAUUUGUUUACCUGAAAUUUACUUUUUUUUGCUCUUUUUAUGUCAAAUUGACCUGAAUUUCUAAAACUCGGCUGUUCUUUCUACUGUAUAUAGAUCUUACUAACGUGUAAAGUCAAAAACGUUACUCUUUUACUUAAGCAACGAGUCGUCUAUGGCACAUGGAUCUAUAAGUUGUGGGAUAGUAAUUACAUAUAAAUUGUGUCUAUUAUUUGUCUUGUACAAAGGUGGAUAUAUAUAACACAUCAAUUUUAAGUCAUUCCUUUAUUUUAAAUUUUCUAGUGUAGACUUUGUUUUCACGGAUUCUCCUGUCCGUUUCAUUUUAUAUAUUUGACACCGUGAAAUUUUUCCUUCCUGCAAAUUAUUUGUAUAGUAACUCAAAAUAUUUCAUAGUCUGGUUUACGAAUUAAAAGACCUACAUAUAAACUGUACUUAAUAUUGCUAUUGAGUCGUUUAUUCAGUCUUGUUUGGAAAUUUAUUCUUAUGGAAAAUUCAACAAAAAUCCAAAAACAUACGUUGGAUGAUACACUCGAUAGUAACCUGAGCGAGAAUGAUGUCAACAACCCUAAUUAAUGGAGUUAUAUCAAAUACAUAUUAAUGUUGUUAUCAUAAAAGCAAGGUGAAAGCACAAAACUACUUAGAAGACUAUUGUUGAUUUAGUUGGUAGUAUCUUGGUGACAACAGUUGUAUGACGUCAUAAAAAGUUCUAUAGACUCCGUGUCCUCUUUUUGCUUUCUGCAUUCGAUGCGGAACGCGUUAAACAGGGAUUGUUUAUAUUAACUUUUAAUAUCAAUGAGGAGUGCCCAAUGACGAAAAUGGCUGGAUGGUGCUG